AAUCCGUCAUGGCUCGCCGUUAAAUGUCAAUCGGAAAAGAAAAUUUUAAAAUAGUGGUAGAUCGGAAGUAUUUUCUUUAUAAAAAUGGCUACAAACGAGCCUACUACCAUCGAUGAUGGUAUUGCCGAGCCAGGUAUCGAACCCGGUGCUUCUGCAGAAACGAUGCUUGUCACGACCGACAGUUUUGAAGAAUAUGAACAAGAAAUGAGUAGUAGUAUCGAUGAUAGACAAAUGAAAGAAAGCACAACGAGCACUAUUUCAGAAAUACAAGAAGACGUGCAAGACAUUCCAACUACUCCUACUACGUCCAGUCCACGAGAACUUCAAAAAACAGCUUCACUCGAUGAUUCCGAAUUAGAGGAUGUUACACAUCGAUUAGGUCAAAGUAGUGUAGAUUCAGAUCCUUUACGUUGCAAGACAUGGUUAGCACAAAAAAAACAUAUAUUUAUUUUAAGCCAAGCUGGAAAGCCCAUAUACUCUAGAUAUAGUUCAGAAGAUAAACUAGUCACAGUUAUGGGUGUCAUGCAGGCUUUAGUUUCAUUCGUCCAAGCUGGCAGUGAUAUGAUUAGAUCUGUUCAUGCAGGAGAUACUAACUUUGUAUUUGUUGUUAAAGGUCCAUUGAUUUUAGUUGCAGUUUCAAAAACACUUGAAAGUGUACCUCAACUUACAUUACAAUUAACAUAUGUAUAUAAUCAAAUAAUCUCCGUGUUAACCCAGUCACAGUUAACUAAAGUAUAUGAUCAACGUAGAAAUUUUGACUUAAGAAGAUUGUUAACUGGUAGUGAAAGACUGAUAGAUCAUUUAUUAAAUUUUAUGGAUAGAGAACCAGCAUUCUUUUUAGGAGCAAUCAAAUGUUUGCCUUUGCUUCCCUCAAUGAGAAGUUCUAUCACACAAACUAUCAGUCAAACAUGCAGUAAAAUCAAGAAUUUAGUAUUUGCAAUACUUCUAGCUAAUAAUCAGUUGGUAACAUUAGUUAGAAUGAACAAAUUUUUCCUACAUCCUAUGGAUUUACACAUAAUACAAAAUUUGGUCGACAGUUCAGAAUCACUUAAAACUGCUGAGAGCUGGACACCAAUAUGUCUACCAAAGUUUGAUGCCAAUGGUUAUAUGUAUGGACAUGUAUCAUACCUGGCUGAGGAUUGUCAAGCAUGCUUAUUGUUGCUCACAAUUGAUAAAAAUGUAUUCUUUGUUCUUUCUGAAGCAAAACAGAAAAUUGUAGAAAAAUUAAGACGGACAAAUUGUUUGGAAGCAAUUAAUGAAUCCAUGAAUAAACCUCUAAUUAAAACUGCUGAUAUUGGAUUGCCAGAAAUUCGGCAUGUUUUAUAUAAAUGUAGAAGCACAGCACAAUUUUGGAGUCCUGGAUUUCAACCUCCUUACACAACUGAUGAAGAAAUAGAACGAUUAUUGGGGUUUUAUCAAUGUUUACACCAUAGGCUACAUAGCCCAAAUCGACCAUUGAAACUCAUAUUCCAGCAAUUAGAUAAAGAGACUAUGUUAGCAUGGGUAGCAUUAGGUUUUGAGUUAUAUGUUACAUUUGAACCACUUGUGACAAAACCUGAUGCAAUUGAAGCAGUGAGUAAAUUGUUGAAAUGGAUAAAAAAAGAAGAAGAAAGAUUAUUUAUUUUAAAUUCACCUACAUUUUAA